CCCCGAAAUAAGUAGGAAUGGGCAGUGGUUGUUCACAUUCAGCACACCUUUUCCAUUUGCUAAUAAGGGCCUGCCAGACUGGAAGGGAGUUGUCCCUGUCUGACUCUGGAGUGAGGAGCCACUGCAAAGCUCCACCGGCACCAUGAAACUGCUGCAAGUGACCAUCUUUUGUCUGCUCCUGGUUUCCAGUCUUCGUAGCAGUGAAGGCAACGAUAAUCAGACCACUCCUGCAUUAGGCUCAACAGCAGCUCUUGCAACAGGAACUUCUGUCCCAACGCAAGUCACAAAGUCGUCAUCACCAGAUGUUGUUAUGACAUCAACAGUUGGAACAUCUCCCAAUGGAACGACUAUCAAGGACUCUGGACAAACAUCUCCACUGCCCUCAUUUACUUCAAUAACCACUAUGGCUAAAGGUGAAGGAGCUACGACCAAUGAUGUCAUGACAGAAGACUCGACCACCGCGACUGUAACAGUGAGAAAUAUUUCACUUCCAAGUACUGUUUCAACAUUACAAUGUGCUCAAGACAAAAUUAAGAAUCCAAGUUCAAUCAAUACAACACAAAUACCGGUUAGCACUCCACAACCAGAUGCCUCAACUUCUGAAACUAGUAUAUCACCCUUAGUAUCAACAACAAUUCCAGAAAGCAUCUCAGCAUCUCAAGGCACUCAGAAUGCAAAAAAUGCAAGUCCUUCUUCGACCAGCCCAUCUCGUUCCAGUAUUAUUUUGCCGGUGGUUAUUGCUUUGAUUGUACUAACACUUUCAGUCUUUGCUCUGGUGGGCUUGUACCGAAUGUGCAGGAAGACAGACCCAGGUACACCAGACAAUGGAAAUGACCAACCUCAGUCCGAUAAAGAGAGUGUGAAGCUUCUCACUGUUAAGACAAUUUCUCACGAGUCUGGUGAGCACUCCGCACAAGGAAAAAUGAAGAACUGACAGCGUGAAGAGUCCUCCCCACACCUGGGCAGUAAAUACGCUUAAUCUUCAGCUUCUGUGCUCCAGGAGUAGAACGAGAAAAAGCCCUGUGGAAUUCAUCCUGACUUCGAUCUGGCUCACCCAUCCAUACCAAUCACCUGUCCCAACAAAGUGACAUCAAGAUGACAUAUAAUAAUCUGAUAGAAUCAAAAAAUCCUGGAUAUACCCUGUCCUUGGAGACAGGAAAAGUCACAUUUGUACAUUUUAUAAGAACAUUCUCAGAACAAAUUUUAGGAAAGGUGUCUGUGAGCCGUUAACCUGAGAGCCCAGGGGUGUGGGCUCACUGAUGUUAGGAUCUUGCCUUGAGUUUAAAGUUUCCAGAGCUGACAGUUUUUAUCCAUAGGGACUUCCCUACUUUUUAGUGUUCUUCUAUUACCUAAUGUUUGUAUUUAUUGUUUUCCACUAUGUUAAUGCAGGGAAAUUUGCAAGUGUAUUAUUAAAUAUUAGAAAUCAUGAUGUGCCACCUUGUACAUAAAGAUAUUUUAUUCAUAUUUUCAUGUGUUACUUGUAAUAAAUAAUUACUCUAUUCAAAACACUAAAAAUCACUGGGUGACUGUGAAAGUGGCAGUGGUAUUGUCUUCCAUAAUUAGGAAUAUGCUGGAUGGGUUAUGAGAUUAUGGGAACUCUAUGAUGAAAGGUAUCUGUAAUAAUUGAUAAAAGGACAACAGUCACAUAUCGGACCCCGUUAGAGGUAAGUCGUACCAUUUCUUUGGUAUAUUUGUAAUUCAUGCUGUGUAGCAAGGAUAUAAGGGCAUUCAUGACUCUCUGUGCUGCAUUCAUUAAGAAGAUAAACAGGAUUGAAAGCUUUUUUUAAUUUUUAAA